AUGGGGAAGAACGCUGCCAAUGAGGUGGGUGAUCAAAAUAUAGAGAAAAUGGCUACUGAUGAAACUGUUGAAGAACCAGAGGAUAGUGAUGAGGAUGAAUCAGAUAUUAUUGUCAAAAAAAUGCCAAACGGCCUCUACAAUCUAGUGACAGGGGAAGAAGUGAAAAGAGAACUCAAGAAGGAAUGGUGGGACACACUCAUUGUUAAAUUGUUGGGGAGAAAAAUUUCAUUGUUGGCUAUGAAGAGGAGAUUAGAGGUGAUGUGGGGGAAGAGGGGAAUCAUUGACGUCAUUGACCUCAGAAAUGAGUUUUUCCUUGUCAAGUUCUAUAAUUCUGAAGAUCUGGAUUUUGCUUUAAUGGAGGGGCCAUGGAAAAUUCUGGAUCACUACCUCUCAGUAAGGUUGUGGAAACCAGAUUUUAAUCCAAUGAAUACUUCCAUAGAUAAUAUAGCAGCUUGGAUUAGACUUCCAGGUUUGGCCAUAGAGUACUACUGUAGACCUAUUUUGGAAAAAAUAGGAAACAUUGUGGGAAGAACCAUCAAGGUGGACACAAAUACAGCAGAAAUCACAAGGGAAAAAUUUGCACGGUUAUAUGUGGAGGUUGACCUACAACAGCCUCUAGUCUCUCAAUACCAGAUUAACGGACAAACUCAUGUAGUGGAAUAUGAGGGCAUUCAUUUGGUAUGCUUUAGGUGUGGAAGAGUGGGACAUGACAAAGCCAACUGCAAGGAAGGAAAACAAGAUCCCUCACCAGAGCAACAAAUCCAGAAGGAAGGUCAAGCGACAAAUACAGAGGUUGAAGAAGAGGAUAGAAAUGGAAAUAAGAAUAUUGACAAGGGCAAAAAAGUGAUAGAGGAACCUGCUGAUGCCUUUGGCCCCUGGAUGAUAGUACAGAGGUCUACGCGUGGCAAAAAGACCACAAAACCAGGAGAAGGUACAAGUAGUGGAGGAAGUGGAAAAGAAAAGGAGAAGGAAAGAAAGAUAGAGAGUGAGGGGCGACAGUCACGUUUUGCUGUACUAGCAGAGGAAGAACCUGAAAGGAAUGAAGAAAGCAAUCCUAAAGCGACGGCAGGAAUCAGUAAUGAACCACAAUCAGAAAAAGACAAAGGUAUGUCCUCAACUCCCUCUCAUAAGAAGAAUAAUCUAGACCUUCCUAAGCCAGUUAACCCUACCCAUAUGUCCACAACCAGACCAAAAAGCCCAAACACACAUGCCCACAAACAAGCCCAAAUAGCUAAUACUCCAGGAAAAAACACUGUCCAACACCAACAGAUUAAUAGUAAUAACCCUGUUUCCCAACCAGAACACCAAUUAGACAAAAACCCCCAUGCCAUGACCCAAACCUGCAACACACCAAACUCUUCCUCUGUCCAGCCCAAUGACUUUAUUUUGAACAACCCUGAUCAUCCUCCCCAUUUUCAAGAAAAUUGGAUUGUAUCCAUUCAACCAAGCCAAGUACUCUCCUUAGCUAUCCCUCAGACAGCUUUGGAGGAUCCAGCCCAGAGUAAACCACCUGAUCCACCUUUUAACUCACUACAAACUAGUGAAUUGGUGGAAGCUAUGUUAGUAUAUGAGAAUGAAGAAGCUAAUAAGGCAAUUCAGCAAGGAGUUAAUCCACUUCAGGUGGAAGAUAUGCAGUGCAAUUAA